GAAAAAAUAAAUGAGGCUGUUAACUUAUAACAAAUUACAUUGGCCAGCAUAUGGUUUUUUUUAGUUACCGUAUGUGUUAUUAAUGUUCUCAAUUGUGUCAUUUUAUGAUUGGGAAUAGGAAACACGCAGUUUUCUGUUAACUGUCGCCGUUCCCGAUCCACCCUCAGCUUUCUCAAUAUUUGCGAGUCACACUUAUGCGAGUAAGUUCUCGCCAUGUCGUUCAAUGUUAUUCUUGAGUCACGGUCAUGAACGGAGACUUAUUCGUUAUCUUUGCCAAGCGAUAUCAAUAGCAGUUCAAUAUUUGAUAGCAAUCUUCAUCUUCAAAAGGCCGCGCCUUUCUUGCUUCUUUUGCCGUGACUCAUUGGUUUGACACGGAUGAGCUUCAUCAACACGGAUACGGACUGAACAAUCGGAUCACUUUGAUACUCGCCGAUUGAACUGCUCAUGUCGGUUUCAGUGGAGGCUUCACUUUCCUCCGAUCAGCUUCGUUUGGCUGCAGAGCGAGAUUUUGCCACGAGCAAUUAUGAAGCCGCCUUGCAAGCAUACCGAUCUUUACCCUCAUCCUCAGAUUGUGCCGCCGAUCAGCUCCAGAUGGCCAAAUGUUGCAAGUACUUGGCCCGUCCUCGAGAGGCUGUGGAGCAUUGUAAUCGGGCUUUGAAGGACCGUGUGAAAUGGAAGGAGGCGUUCUUGCUCCGAUCUUCGUUGUUUCAGGCUUUGCAUCAACAGUACUUGUCGUCGGGUGAGGAAGAGUUAGAUCCAGAUCGGAGUCAAUGGCGACGUGAGGCUCAAUUUGUGGUCAAUGCGGCCUUAGAAGCGGAUCAAAAUGAACCCGGGACUGAGGGACCUUGGCAUUUGAGACGACUUGAUCGAGCUUUAAGUCUAGCCAAAGAUGGUGAUGUGAUCUUUGUAGAGCCUGGGAGUUACGAAGCUUCGGCCUUGGAUGAAGAGGGAGUGGCCUCGCCGUGUUUUAUUCAUGGCAAAAAUGUGUCUAUCAUUGGAUCAAGCCAACGUGAUUGUGUCAUCGAGUACAAGGAAAUCUUACAGGAACGCAAUUCUACAGCUAAGAAACUCAAUACGUUCUUGAUUUGCGCUACGGAAUCCAACAAGCCCACGCUCAUCAAGAAUAUCACCUUUCGGAAUCUCAACUUGGAAUCCAAUGGAACAAAUACCAAGUUCUUGGGCGUGGCAGCUGGACAUGUGCUUAUCGAGUCCUGCCUUUUUGAUGGUCUGGAAUGUAACGAGGUGGAUGCCAUCUUUUCUAAUCAAAAGAUCUGCGGCAACUUAGCCAAGAACUACCCUCCACCCAAUCUGGAAAUCCGUCUGUGCAUUUUUGAUCAUUGCCAGAGUUAUGCGGCCAUCACAGUCACAGGGGCGACGGUCUUAAUCGACUCGUGCUUAUUUCUUGGUUCAAAUUUGGUCGUAAAUGACCGCUCGGAAGUGCAAGUGGUUAAUUCAGAAUUUGCUCAGACUGGCAAUCGACCCGAACAAACCAUCAGAGCUUCCAAAUCCAAACUUCUCAUCUCGGGGACUUACAUUCAUGGAAUUCAACGGACCCUGACCGCAUUUUCCCGCAAAUCAUUGGGCAUAUCAUUGACUUUGAAUUGUGAAGCCCGAAUCGAGAACUGCUUCUUGUACCUUUGCUCCAAUGGAAUUGCUUGUCAAGAAUCCAACUUGGUGUGCCAAAAUAAUCUGAUCUUCCAUUGUGCCAAAAGAUUCUCCGAGAUUGGACUCUCCUCCCUAGGAUUGGAGCCCGCUCAGAUCAAUUCAACACUUGGACUUUAUUCUGCCAUCAGUCUGACCUCACGGUCCAAGUAUCAGGUGUCCGACAAUCAUUUUAAAAAGUGCGAUAUCGGGGUUUAUAUUGGCAAUGAAGCCAUGCCAACCUUAAAAUCUAACCACUUUGAAUCCUCUCUCUUCACCGGAAUGUUCGUUCAGGGCCGAUCAAAGCCCAAUAUUCUGGGGAACACGUUCGUGGGCACCACUCACGAGCCGGUCCAAUCCCAAGAUUGUGGCGGGAUUGGGAUCUUACUUAUUAUGGAGGCGGCUGGCCUCAUUGGGAAGAACAGCUUUCAGAACUAUGACCUAAGUCCCCUAAUGGUGUUUCGCACCUGUCAUCCAAUGCUCAAAGGAAACCAAUUUGACAAUAUCAAUUUGGAUCGGGAAAAGCAAGCUCAAACCGAGGAGAAAAUGAAACUCUUGUUCCAACCGGAGUCGCUCAAAAAUGACACUUAUUUCUAUAUUGUUGAGAGCGAACUUGGAGAGCGGGAACUCUAUGAAGAAAUCUUGAAUGGACCAAAAACCUGAUUAGCCCCCAACAAUUUGAUGUAUCCCUAGUCCCGCUUCUUGUGAAUAACUACUACGUACAUAAAAAUUGUCUGCCUUUCAAGAUGCCAACUUGGAAGAGAAAAAAUUAACUAAUCAAUAUUCUCCCAUAUUAACCUUUUUGUUGUUACAGAA